UGGUAGGUAUAAACCUUACAAAGGCAUCAACCGUCAUCAUGUGCGACUGUGAUUGGAAUCCUCAGAACGAUUUGCAAGCCAUUGCUCGGGCCCAUCGCAUUGGUCAGACGAAAACCGUCAAGGUGUACCGCCUUAUUUGUCGUGGAAGCGUCGAGGAUCAGAUGCUCGACCGCAUUCGUCGCAAGAUGUUCCUAUCAUUAAAGUCAUGUCUUCUUCAACGUCGUCAUCUUCUGCCAACGAGGAUAAUACCCAACUGA